GAGAGGGAGAACCAGGGGAAGAGAGAAAGAGAGGGAGUGUGUGUUUUACAGCAGGUACCGUCUUUGCACUGAAGACAUCUGAAGCUGCCUUUGAUUUUACACUGUUUGAAGAGAUUUGCUUGUCAGCUGUUUGUUGGAGACCUCUGCAAUUCCUCCUGGCUUCUGUGGAGAAGAAGAUCUUGCUUCUGUAGCCUCCCCUUGUGAUUGGCUGUCACACUUUAGGCUCCCCCUCCUCUCUCUCUCUCUCUCUCUCUCUCUCUCUCUGACUCCCCUUUUCUCUCUCUCCUCUGUGGUACAAACCCCCCUCCAUACUGUCCUCAGGCUUACCUGAGCCAUAACUGCAGAGACACUGGACCUCCCUCCUCCUCCUCCUUCUCCACACACACACCACAACACGCUGUCUCUCUCUCUCACACACACACACACACACUCUGCUUUCUACCUGGAGAGUGCAGGCGCAAGAGACGGCAUGUGCAGCAGCAGCAGCAGUAGCAGUGUGUCCUCACAUCCAGCGCUGCCUCUCUGAGUUGCCUCUUUCUUUAGAGUGAGGAGGAACUCUGAAAGACAUUUUGGAGCCAUUGUCCCUUUGGCGAAACAAGGAGACAGGGCAGCAACACAGGGACACCAAAGGCAACACUCAGCAUGAUUUUGGGAGGCAUAAACCGGGCUGGGGCAGCGGUGCCCACGUUCUUGCGGACCCCCACAAUGAUCCAGCCCCACCUGGACAUGAAGCCCUUCCUGCAGUUCCCAAUGGACACCGCCCCUCCUCCGCACAGCAUGAGCCUCUUUCACAACUUCAACACGAUGGACCCGGUGCAGAAGGCCGUGAUCAACCACACCUUUGGAGUUCCACUAGUGAAGACCAAGCGGCCCGUCAUCUCCUGUAACGUCUGCCAGAUUCGCUUCAACUCAGAGAGUCAGGCAGAAGCCCAUUAUAAAGGAAAUCGCCAUGCCAGGAGAGUCAAAGGCAUCGAGACCUCAAAGAGUCGUCCUCAAGACGGGGAAAAGCCUCAAACUGUGCCCUCGACUUCCUCCCCGUCUCCGCCCGGAGCCCACGGCACCACCCCAGACAACAGUGAACCAAACAAAGCUGAUGAAACGCGGCCUCUGUCCCAGUUAAACGUGCCCCUGCUGGCCCCGGGGCCCCUCCCUCCUCUCACCAACCCACCUACUCUGCCCAUGGACUCCCCCAUGCCCUCAGUGUGUCCCCUCCUGCCCAACCCCACUCCCUCCCUGAUCCCCAUUUCCUCCUCCGCCUCUUCCCCCUCCUCCUCCUCUGCCCCAGGGAGCACCAGCGCUAGCUCAGAGCAGCCCGGAACUGGACCCCCAGUUUCAGGAGCCGCUGGCUCCCAGGCCUCCAGCAGCCCGUCCAAUCCAGAGACAGAGGAGGACAAGGCUAAGAAGCUGCUGUACUGCUCGCUGUGCAAGGUGGCUGUCAACUCCUUGUCACAGCUGGAGGCCCACAACAAAGGAACCAAACACAAAACUAUCCUGGAGGCACGUAGCGGGCUGGGCCCCAUCAAGGCGUAUCCUCGUCUUGUCCCAAAGCCCAUUGGUGAGCAGGGAGUGGGGCCAGUGGACCCCAACACUCAGGAACGAACCUUCCACUGUGAGAUCUGCAAUGUGCGGGUCAACUCUGAACUGCAACUCAAACAGCACAUAUCAAGUCGAAGACACCGGGACGGCAUGGCGGGCAAGCCUAACCCCCUCCUCAGCCGGCACAAGAAGCACAGGGGAGCUGAUUUGGCGUCCACAUUGACUUUCUCCAAGGAUCUCACCAAAGCUUUGGGAGCGGGGCUUUUGCCGAGCCCCUUGGCCGUUGCUGCAGCAAUGGCCGCCGCAGCAUCCUCGAACCAGCUGGCUCUCCGUGCAGCAGGUCCUGCGCCCCAUCCACACCAUCACUUAUUGCAAGGCCCUCCUCUUAGCCACGCCAUCCUGAGACCCGCCCCUGGGCCUAUCCGCACCACCCACGGGCCAAUCCUCUUCUCCCCUUACUGACACAUCACCUCCUGACCUUGGCCAGUCAGGAACAGCCACUCCAAAAGCACACUGUGAAUAUAUGAACAUGAUCAACAAACAGCAAUUGAUAAGGGACAUAAAAAGAUCCAACCAUUUAGAAAUCAAACUGAGAGAAAAACAAGGGAAAAGGAGCAGCGGACUGGAGUAGAAAAAUGUCUCUCUUUUUUCCCUUUACCUGAAACUCUCCCUUCAUUUCAAAGACUUAUGUGUAGAUGGAAUGAGGAGAGGAGAGGUUUUCAUUAUGCAUUGAACUCCCUUGUACAUCUCUCACCCUCCCUGGUUCCCCCUCCCUUGCACUGUGGCCCCAUCAUGGCCGCCUGGAUAGCUACAAAAAAAAAAAAACACACGCAAACCUUUCUAGAAACAUUAAUUCAAAUGUAGUGUUACAUAGUUAGUAUUGAGGCCAGGUUGGGUUCCUCUUCCUGUCAUCACAGCUCAACGUAAUCUUCUCAUCCUAUGCACCUCAAAAACCAAGACAAUAAUGUUAUGUCAGUAGGGUAGCUGCUUCCAUCGGUCUUUUGCUGUUAGCGCCACAUGUAGCGGUGGCCGCCUCCUCGGUACUGUACAUGCUCCCUUCUGUGCAGAGGCCAGCAACUCUUCAGUUUGUGACACUUGGUCUUCGCUAGGAACAACACGACUUCGGCUGACAGGCAGGCGGUAGCCGUGUCUGAGCAUGAAUGAUGCUUGUAGAGGGGGUGGGGGUGAUGGGGUUCAGAGAGCGGAAAAAGUAACUGUGGGGGAUUGCACUCUCCUGUCAUUUCCCUGAGAGUGUGAGGUGAGAGGGGGGGCUGGCAAGGGUCAGCAGAUGGAUUCACCCGGAGCAGCAUGCAGACACACACAAGCCCAAACGAAUCUAUGUUUUAAAAUAGACUGUAUCAACAAAGAAACCCUACAGGGCACAUCUGCCAACCUCCAUUACAGUCAGAGAAGGGCUUAUCUAAAGGGUGAGAUGGCAAAAGUCAUAUACGUACUGUACUGCUGCAUUUGAGCUUAAUCUUAAAUGUUUGAUGGCAAUAAUCUGUUCGUUUUUUCAGUGAUUACAAACACUGAACUGGUUUGGGUAAAGGUCAAAUCCAUUCUGUGACACAUCCGUGCACAUUUAGCUUUCAAAAAGAAGUUAUUUGACAUCUUCACAUCCUCCGAGUCUUUAUUCACUGUGUGGGUGGGGAGGUAUGAAUAAGGUGUGACCUUGUGUACUGAUUUUUAGUCAUGUUGUUACAUGCAUGCAGGGUCAGGCCUCUACAUAACUAGGUUGAACUCUUUCAUUUCUGCCCUGCCCUCCUCCUCCUCCUCCUUCCCCUCAUCUCCAAAGGUUCAUAUGAGUGAAUAGUAGAGGGCACAUCGACACUGGUAAACCAAUAAUGCUUAAGGGAAACAAAUUACAGAGAGGAAGACAAAAGCCAAACACAUUCUUGAAGAAAUGAACUUGAGCUGGAGUGACAACCGAGCCAGUAAGGGCCAAGAGCAGGGAGGGAACCAAGACGUCCAGCUCGAGGCAUCCAUCAAUACUUCCUGUCUUACAACUGAAAGCCAUGAAGCGCACCAUGAUUUGUUUUCUCUUACAAAGACUAGUGAGCACUUUGUUUCCUUUGGUUUGGACUGUUGUUUUUUUUGCAUUUAUAUCACACUUUAAAAAAAGAGCAAAAUAGAAAAGACAAUAAAAAUAUUUUUGUAGGUAGGAAAUGUUAAUACUGUAUGAGCAAAGAUGAAGGGGGGGGGGGGGGCAAUGGGUGGGAUUAUUGAUAAUAAAUUAUAUAUAAAUUGACAGAAGGUUGACGGACAGAGGCUUGCUAAGCAGCAGCAAACUUUCACCCUUUUCUGAGCGAGAUGUACACUGUGCCCUUUCAUUGAGAAGCAAUGAGCUCUAAUGUCUUACCUUUGUCUGAAUAUUGCAAUGCAAUGAGCAAUUUUUAUCGGAGUGACUUGUUUUCAUUGUGACAUGUUGUGACAUGUUGUCUGGAGUCAUGUGUAAACUGGGAGCAGCCAGCUGAUAGACUUUUCUGUUCUUCCAUGUGGAGUGUGAGCCCUCGAAAGGGACUGAGAGUCGGACAGAGAGCGAGAGAUACAGAGGUAUAGCUGGGUUUAGGGACCGACCCUUCAUAUUAAAGGGCCUUUUUACUAUGGUAAUCUCUGCUUGGGUGACAGGGUACAACGCCAGUUAUCUAGGGAUUAAAGCUAAUUUUUUGAGUUGGACUCACUGAGUUGCUUAUGUUUUUUCUGUGUGUGAGAAAUGUGUUUCAGUGAAAAUCCUGAGGAACAUAUCUAUGCCAUUACUUAAAGAAGAGGUUGGCUUGGUGUCAGCUUCCACCGUUGUGCUCUUUUUUUUUGUUGUUGUUGCUGGAUAAACCUUUGCAGAGUUCAAUUAAUGAGUGAGAAACUAUUCCAGGAUCUGUGCUCUCCUUCCUGUUGAUGUGUGUACCAUACGUAUUCUAGUGUGUGUUGGGACCUGCUCUUUCCCCACUUUCCACCAAUCAGAGACAAACUGAAACCUGGACUUUAAAAAGUGGCCUAACAAAAUAAUGGAGACAAAAAAAAAAAAAAAAACGCACAUGUUUGGUUUGGGAAGAUUGAUCAAUCGUUCUGGAUUCUGUCAGAGACUCGAUCAAUGACUGAACCUGCAAUCUUAUCCCUGGUAGGUCAGCCAAGUAGCAGCACCACGGAUAUGUUCAUAUUUGUCCUAGAUAUGUCCAUGAUGUGGUAAUUCCUACUGAUUCAUUGUCAUUAUUCACAUAUGGGAAAUAAAUGUUAGAUUUUCUGGGCAGGUAUUUCAUGUUAGCUGUGUUUAGGCUACUAGCCUUAGCCUUAUUCUGCCCUCAGCCUCUCCAAGAGCAGAGAGAGAGCGAUGGAGAGGCUAUGGUGUUAUUUUGUCUUGCCAAUAAAGUUAUUUUUGAAUUUCACUGUCAGAGGGGACAAAGAGUUUGUAUGGCGAACUGUAGCAAUACCUGACUCAUUCUGGCUACUCUUGUUAAUUGCAAUAAGAAAAUGAAACAAUAAAUGUGUAUGUGAGUAAAACAUUAUAAAUGUAAUUUAAAUGAAAAAGAAACGUUAUUGUCAAUACUAUUGGUAUUGAGAGAAACCAUGCUGGGAAAAAAAGUAAAUGUCAAUAAAUAAUUAAAUGAAA